AUGGAGGGAGGGCCAAAAGAGAGGAAAGGGAAAAAAGUGGAAACAAAGACCAGGGCGCCGGAAGCCGGAAAGAGAGGGGGAGGGGGGGAGAGAGAAAAAGGAGAGGGAGAGAGAAAGGGGGAGAGGGAAAAGGACGGGGGGGGAAAAAAGAGAGAAAGGGGAGAGGGGAAAGGGGGGCAGGGGAGGGAAGUAGGAAAAAAAAAGAAACAAAAAAAAAAAAAGAAAGAAAAAAAAAAAAAAGAAAAAAAAGGAAAAAAAAUAAAAAGAAAAAAAAAAAAGGGGGAAAAAAAACCCCCAAAAAAAAAAAAGAAAAAACCAAAAACAAAAAGAAAGAAAAAGAAAAAAAAAAAAAACCCAAAAACAAAAAACUAAAAAAAAAAACCCAACACCAAAAAAAAAAAAAAAAACCAAAAAACAAAAAACAAAAAAAAAAAACCCCCAAAAAAACCCGAACAAAAAAAACCCAAAAAAAAAAAAGAAAAACCCCCAAGAAACCACCCCCCCCCCCCCCCCCACCACCCCCCCCUUUUUUUUUUUCUUCCCACCUCUCUCUCUAUCUCGCUUCAGGGGUUGUUGUGUGUGGAACGAGGAGGGCGGGAGGUGGUUCUCAUGUAGGUAGAAACCCCUGUCAGCAACACUCUACCUGCAGCAGCACCACUACAGGCCCCAGGUGACCCCCAAUCCCCCCCCCCCCCCACACACACAGACACUUGUACAUAUGUUCAUGUUCUAGUGUGUGUGUGUCCAGGUGUGUGUGUGCCCCAGGCUUCGUGGGGGAUGACUGCAGUGUGGACUAUGAUGAGUGUGAGGAUCAGGACUGUCAGAACGGAGCGGUGUGUGUGGACCAGGUAGAUGGAUACACCUGCACCUGCCCUCAGGGGUACAGGUAAGACACACACACACACACACUGGUGUAAAUGUGGAAACUAUUAGGGCCAUAGAUGUGUCAUACUAAGUUAGUCUCUCCUUGUAUCAGUACUGUCAUACAUAAGAGGUGGGUUUCACAUGGGUUCAGUUUGCGGCCAACAUGUUAACAAUUUCAGUUGAACAAUUUGAAUGAACAUUCCUAAAUGUUACCUUGAAGCUGCAAGUAGCACAUUUUUUGUGUGGAUUACUGUGGCUUUUUAGUGGCUUUUUAAGUGAAAAUGACUGCUAUUCUUACUACAUGUUAUAGAAACACACACUUACGUUCACAGCACACUACCUUGUCAGACUGUAACACAAAACAAAUGGAAUGUGUUAGCUAACGUUUGCAAGCUAUUUCCCUUGUUGAACACACCACAGGACUCAAGAUGUUUGGACUGCUUUGCUCUGGCGUUAGAGCCAGAUCUUAGUCCUUACUAUGUCGUAUGUUGUGAUCAGUAGUAAUUCUCCCCUCCUCUUCCUCCCCCUAGUGGUGAGUUGUGUGAGGUGCCUCCUCCUCCUCCGUCUCCCUGUGAGCGGGCUCACUGUCAGAAUAGCGCCCCUUGUGCAGACAGAGCCGGUACUGCGCUGUGCCAGUGUCUGCCGGGGUUCGAGGGUGUGCGUUGUGAGAAGCUGGUCAGUGUGAACUUCGUGAAUAGAGAUUCUUACCUACAGCUGUCUGACCUGAAGAACUGGCCUCAGGCCAACAUCACACUGCAGGUAAUCACACACACAUAUUAGGGUGACCACAUUUAAAAUACCCAAAUGCGGACAAUGGGAUGAUUUUGCGGGACAGUGUAGCCUAGACAUGAAUCAUUUUUCCCCACACACAAAUAUCCCUCCUGCUGCGCUCAGCGAGCUAACUGAACUGAGCAAGCUAACUGAAGCACACGUAGCCUACUCUUUUGCCGCACGCAAAUGUUUUAUGAAAAUCUGGGAAUAUUUGGCCAACGAAACAUUUCUGGUUGGUCUUGACAAAUGUGAUUGGUUGACGAUAUGACAUCGGACUAGGUCUCGUCUUGCGCUGCCCAGAAUAUCAGAUCUCAACAAUGAUUGGAAGAAGAGCUUCACGUCACCAACACCACGUCCUUAUCAUACAGUAUCUUGUCAUAAGAGCAAUGUGACAGCUAAAGAGAGGUUGAAAUGUCAAGUCUCAUCUAAUGAGUAGGACCAAUCAACCUUUUUUGUAAAUUAGUGCUAUUUUAAUUUGUUGAUAAAAUGUGGGACAUUAUUGUUUAGUUGCGAGACAAAGGGACAAAAGCGGGACAAAAUGUCCCACACAAUCCAGGACAUGUAGUCACCCUAACGCACACACUAACACACACACACACACUUAUAAACAGACACACACACACAGAGGAAAACACACACACGUGCCCACACAGACAUAGAUACAGACACACACAUACACACACAGAUGUGCAUACACACACAAAGGAAAACACACACGUGUGUACACACACACAUUCUGACCUGUGUGUGUGUGUGUUCCCUAGGUGUCGACAGCGGAGGAUAACGGUAUCCUGCUGUAUAAUGGAGACAACAAGCCAAGAGUGGACCCAUGAGGGACACAGAGUCAGAUCGACCCUGGUAGUAGGUUUGUCCACUAGUUACACGGAAAACACACUAUGGAACACACACUAUUUACAGGAACACACACUAUGGACAACACAUUUACAGGAACACACACUGUAGCACCACACACAUCUACAGGAACACACACUUUUACGGAACACACACUAUUUACAGGAACACACACUAUGGAACACACACUAUUUACAGGAACACACACUAUGGAACACACACUAUUUACAGGAACACACACUGUCUACAGGAACACACACAAUCUACAGGAACACACACUAUGGAACACACACUGUCUACAGGAACACACACAACACUAUCUACAGAAACACACUAUGGAACACAACUGUCUACAGGAACACACUAUCUACAGGAACACACACCUAUGGAACAACACUUUACAGGAACACACAUAUGGAACACACUAGUUCGGACAAACACACACAGGACAAACUGUGGACAAACAGUCCGAACACACACUCUACGGGAAAACACAUGUAGGAACACCCUUACGGACACACACUAACACUCUACAGGAACACACACUUGGAACAACACUCUACAGAACACACACUAUGAAACACACACUGUCUACAGGAACACACACUAUAAGGAACACACACAUGGAACACACAUGUUACAGGAACACACACAUACAGGAACACACACUGUGGAACAAACACUGUCUACAGGAACACACACUAUGAACACACACACUGUCUACAGGAACACACACUAUGGAACACACACUAUGGAACACACACUGUCUACAGGAACACACACUAUCUACAGGAACACACACUGGAACAAACACGUCUCAGAACACACUAUCUACAGGAACACACACCAUGGAACACACACUAUCUACAGGAACACACACUAUGGAACACACACUGUCUACAGGAACACACACUAUCUACAGGAACACACACUAUGGAACAAACACUGUCUACAGGAACACACACUAUCUACAGGAACACACACUAUGGAACACACACUGUCUACAGGAACACACACUAAACACAUGGAACACACAUCUAGGAACACACACUGUCUAUAGGAACACACUAUCUACGGAACACACACUGUCUACAGGAACACACACUAAUCUACAGGAACACACACUAUCUACAGGAACACACACUAUCUACAGGAACACACACUGUCUACAGGAACACACACUAUACACACACAAACACUGUCUACAGGAACACACACUAUCUACAGGAACACACACUAUGGAACACACACUGUCUACAGGAACACACACUAUCUACAGUUGGUGUUGGGUGACCAUGGCCUCCAUACUCUUGCAGUUGGUCUUAGCAAAAUAUUUCUGUAUGGGGCACAUGGUCGCACCAUGUGAUUCCCAGGAUGCGCUGCAGACAUCUUAUGUGGAAUUGCUCUAGCUACUUGUUGUGGCGGCUGUAAGUGACCCAGGCUUCACAACUGUAAAGCAGUGUGGUAAUGCAGACGGCUUGAUAGACGGCGACUUUAGUGUGGAGGUGGAGAUCGCUGUUUUGGAAGACCCUGCGUCUGAGUUUCCCGAAGGUAGCUGAUGCUUGCUUGAUCCUAUUUAGAAUUUCGAGGUCGAUGCUGCAGUCCUCUGAGAGGAUGCUGCCCAGGUAUUUGAAGGACGGGACUAUUGCCAGUGAUUUGUGUUCAAUGGUUCCUGCAUUUUAUCAACAAAUGUUCAAUGGUGAAGACAGGCAUGGUGGGUGGAGGGCUGGAUAUCCAUUGGCAGACCACCUCUGUCUUGGUGGUGUUGAUAGACAGUCCCAUCCUGCUAUAGACCCUCACAGCUGCUACAAGGACGGACUAAAGAUCUUCUGGACUGUGGGCCACAAGAACACAGUCAUCAGCAUACUGCAGCUCAAGAACCCAUUCCGUCAAAACCUUGGUGGUUGCUUGGAGCCUCCUGAUGUUGAAUAGGUUUCCAUCCAGCCUGAAGUCCACCGCAACCCCGCUACUGUCCUCAAACUCCUUGUGGAGAAGCUGGGUGACACAUAGUAGGAAGAUGUUAAAGAGUACAGGUGCCAGCAUGCACCCCUGCGUCACACCGAUGCUUACUCCAAAGGCCACUGACUCCUGCCCUCCUAUGGCCACCUGAGCCAUAAUCCCAUCAUGGAACUGGCAAAGGAUGUUGACAAAUUUGUCUGGACAGCCAAAUAGUAGUUCCCUACUCACAGUGUCGAAGGCCUUGGAGAGGUCGACAAAGGCCAAGAAAAGGUCCUGAUGUUGUUCACGGCACUUCUCCUGGAGUUGCCAUGCCGUGAAUAUAAUGUAGACCGUACUCCUGUUCUUUCUGAAGCUGCAUUGUGAUUCUGGCAGCAGUUCCUCUGUGAUGUUGUUCACCAGCCUGUGUAGCAUCACCUUGGCCAGGACCCCUGGCUGUUGCCGCAGAUGGACUUGUCACCCUUGUUCUUAUAGAUAGUGAUAAUGUUUGCAUCCCGCCACUGUUGGGAGACGAUCUCCCGGUACCAAACCUCUGUGAUGUACUGGUGGAGCGUUCUGGUGCAGAAGUAACCUCCCUUCUUAAGUAGCUCUGCCGGGAUGCUGUCAGCGCCAGGAGCCUUGUUGUUCUUGAGAGAAUGGAUAGCUGAUAACACCUCUUGGAAGGUUGGCGAAUGGUUGAGGUCUUGAAUGGUUGGACGGACAGGCAGUUCUUCCAGGAUGGAGUGGUCUCUGCCUUUCAGCGAGAGAGCGACAGAACUCGUCCCUUACUGCAGCUUUCUCAAGCCAGGUACAGUGCAGACGCCUCUUACUGGACUUCUGCAGACGUUGGGGGGGACGUAUUCUCACCUGGAGUUUAGCCAGUAUCAUACAGUGAUCUGCCCAGCAUUCUGCACCCCUCAUGGCAUGUGUCAGCAGGACGUCAUUAGUGUCAGAACGUCUCACUAUGACGUAGUCGAUCAGGUGCCAGUGUUUGGAGCGUGGGUAUAUCCAUGAUGUUUUAUAUACGUUCUUCUGGUAGAACAAGGUGUUAGUGACAAUAAGAUUGUGCUCUGCACAUAGAGUUAGCAGUCUCAUGCCGUUCUCAUUGACCUGGCCAACACCAUGCCUACCUAGCACUCCGCUCCAUAUCCUGUUGUUCUGUCCCACCCUAGUUUUGAAGUCACCCAGCAGAAAGAUCUUGUCAUUCCCGGGGAUACGGUGAAGGGCCUCAUCUAGUGACUAACAGAAGCAGUCCUUUGGCUCAUUUUCAGAUGGUAACGUUGGCGCGUAUGCACUGAGAAGAGUAGCAUAACGCAUCUUGGCUAGGGGGAUACGGAGAGACAUGAGUCUUUCACUUAUGCCGACAGGUGUUUCGGUGAGGCUGGAUAAAAGGCUGUUCUUAAUUGCCAGUCCCACACUGUGCUGAUGUUGUCCAACCGGAGGGUAACCUUUCCAGAAGAAGGUGUAGCCUUCUCCCUCCUCUUUCAGGGAACCUUUAUCCAGGAACCUGGUCUCACUCAGGGCAGCAAGGGUCAAUGUUGUAGCGCAUUAGUUCUGCAGCAAUCAAAGCUGUUCGCCGAUUGGGUUUAUCGCUAUUAUCGUCAGUGUCCAAAAGAGCUCUGAUGUUCCAUGUCGCCAGUUUCAGGGGAAUUAUUUUCUUUAGCAUUUUCCGACCGCUGAGUGGAACUCCCGAUAGGUGCGGUAGCCUAUCCAGGAUGGAGUGAGUGGGCAAUUUUUAGGCCACCUUUUCUAGGCCUCUCCUCAGCUGGGGUGAGCAGUGUGGCUCCUAAAUAGGGAUGCUCAGUCACACAGGGGUCUGCCGAGAGCAGCUGCCACUCAAGUCCCUACUGCUGGCGACCAUAAUAGCCCUGUGCCGCUGGGUCUGAUUUAAGGGCUCCCGGUGCAUUCACUCCUGACCCCGUCAUCAGACACCUCAACGCCGCCAGACUUUAGUCCGGUUUCCGGUUGAUGGCUUCACUGAGGUCAGAAGUGGAUAACUGUGCGAAGGAAGUUAUUUAAAGUGCCGCUGAGGGUGCGCAAUCCCCAACAGCACAUCUUCACUGUAGGAAGGUGGAUUCCAGUGGCAAGGGGGGAAACCCAGGACGACCAGGAUCUUCCACAGCAGCAUGAGGCUGCCAGAUCCCCAGUCUGUCGGUGUCCGCCUACCGCGUGCCGCCAGCACGCUGCUUCUCUCAGGGUGUGCUCCCCUAGCCUUUGUCGUACCAGACUAACCCACAAGAAAGCGGGACAGUGGUUGAUGGCUGCCAUGACGUGUCCACACAGAGGUGGGCCUGUACAGAUGCAUCUCUGGGGCCCACUGCUGCUCUUAGAUCCCCUGCUGAUUAGCCUGGAGUUUCAAGACAACCAGUUAACGUGUUCCGCCGCAAGGAGGUCCGACAGGAGUCUUGGUCAUGGAGAGGCUUUGUACCGGCAAAGGGAGACUUGUGCAUGAAGCUGUCCCCAAUUCACCACAAGGGCUAGCCGGCAGCAGUGAGCUGUAAGCGAGAGUAUGCAAGCACGUGGUAAGCGGGCAUGCAAUUUACCUCUACCUAGGCACUACUGCACUAGAUGCGUCACAUGCACCCUGCGGUUGCCCAUACACACACACACACACACACACACACACACACACACACACACACUAUAUUUACAGGUACACACGCACACACCAGCAUCAUCUACAUUCUAUUCACAAACACCGACUAUCAGAACACAAUACAAUAUCACCGGCACCUAACCUCUGACCUCUAACCCCUUACCUCUGGUGUUGCCGUAGCGCUGAGACGGUGAACGACGGGCAUUUCCAUACGGUGGAGCUGGUGACCUUUGACCGGAUGGUGAACCUGUCUGUGGACGGGGGGGCACCCACCACCCUGGACAGUCUGGGAGGGGUCUCACCUCUGUCUGGAGAGGCACCGCUAUACGUGGGGGGUAAGACGUAAAACACACACAUAAUCUGAGAGCUAGGUUCAGGCCCUAACCCCACCCUGUUAAAUAUUAAUAUCCAGUACAGGAAAUACCGGGGGGGGGGGGGGGAUUGGUGGUAGUAGACCUGACAUAUGGGUUUCAUCUCCUCUCCGUCACUCUCUUUCUCCACUCCACUCUAUUCUCUCCUCCUAACCUAUAUAUCCUCUCCUGCUUCUUUCUCUCGCUCUCGCUCUCCUCUCCAGGUAUGCCAGAGAAGAUCUCCUACUCCUCUCUGAGUCUCUUCCAGCCCCUCAACUCCUCCAGUUUCCACGGCUGCAUCAGAAAUCUGUACAUCAACCACGAGCUGCAGGACUUCACCCAGACCACUAUGAAGGUAUGGUGGGAGACGGGAAGGAAAAUUCUGGUAACUUCCCCCAAAUUCCCAGGUUUUCCAGAAAUUCCAGUUGGAAUAUUCCCAGAAACCUAGUUGCGAGAAGUUGCAGAAAUAUUUGUUUUAGUAUUUUAUUUGUUAAGCCAAAGACACAUUUCCACACUGCGUCAAUAAUAAAGUAUUUUUCUAAUUCAAAUUCAAAUUGUUUGAUGUGCUGAAGCCGGGGGUGGUACCAGGAUGCCAGCCCUGCAGGAAACUGUUCUGCCUCCACGGAGUCUGCCAACCGGACGGUGCCCAGGGACCCCUCUGCCACUGCCAGCCUGACUGGGGCGGGCCACACUGUGAUCAGCCAAUCGGAGGAGGCCUUGUUGGGGGAGAUGUUGCCCCGGCAAUCGCGGCUAACCCAUGCCAGGGGAAUAAGUACGUGUGGUUGGGGAUGGGAGACUGGAGAGUGUGUGGUGAAGGGCUGUAGUCUGUUGUGAUUUAUGGUGGGUCUAUGUGGCUGGUUGUUAUCAUAUGUUUUAUCAUGUUGAUUUGUUUUGGGGGUAACUCAUUAAGUGGUUUAAUUGAUUGUGUUGUCCGAGUACUUUCCCAACUGUCUUUUUCUUAUAGCAUUUUUCUCUUCCUCUCUCCAUCACCGCCUCUCCUUCCAUCUCUCCCUCCAUCUCUCCCAGGUGUGUGAGGGGUGUGUGUGUGGUACAGGAUGUUCAGUCGUACAGGUGUGAGUGUGAUGAGGGCUGGCGCGCCACCCUGUGUAAUCAACAGGGGGCGCUAACAGCACCACCAGUACCAGCGGUGCCAGCCGAGCCGUGUUCAGUGCUGCUCUGCCAACAUGGCCACUGUCAGCUGACUGAGGGAGGAUCGGCCUACUGUCUCUGUGACACGGGAUACACUGGGGACACAUGCGACACAGGUAAGGAUGGAGGGAGAGGAUAGGAGGAGAGGGGAGAGAACACCUGUGAUACAGGUUAUGACAGAGGGGGAGAGGUGUGGAGGGAGGGUGGAGUGUGUGUGUGACAGGGAGAGACAUUGGAUUAUAUUCAUGGGUUGCACCUCUUUCACUCGGUCCCGUCACGCCAUUGUUAUGAGCGUUCUCAAGACGUUGAGUGGUGCCCAGUCAUUCUUAACAGGGGGCUAGAGAUUGUUUGGUCUUGGAGAUACGAUGCCAUUGCUACAUUAGACAAACAAUUAGUAGGAAUCAACUUCGCCUUCAUUAUUAUGUCGUCACGAUUUAGACAAAUGUCAUUAGCUAGCAAAGUUCGUAAAGUAAUAUUUAGCUAUGCUAGCUUUAGCUAACAAAAAGUAGGUGCUUUCCCUUCAUGCUUUGCUAGCUAGCGUUAUACUACAUUUUAAAGUCAAUCUGACGACAUCACAAUGAUGACAAACUAAUUAACUUUAGAAAUAAUGUUCAUAAGCGCCAAUUGAGAAUGCAUUGAGAAGAACGUUCAGUCGGGCACCAGUCCUCAAGAGAACGUUCAAAACAAUAUUGUGACGAUACAUUAAUAACCACUACUGUGUUUGAUGAUGUCACCCUACUCAGCCUCUUUAACCUCUGCCCUCUCACCUCUGACCUCUAAUCUCUAGUUGAGUCAGCGUGUCGCGGUGAGGCGGUGCGUGACUUCCACCGGGUGCAUCGCGGCCACACCAACUGCCAGACGACGCGGCCCUUCUCCUGGGUGGAGUGUCGGGGGGGCUGCCAGGGUGGCGGGGCGGCAGCCGGGGUUGCGUGCUGCGCCCCACUGAGGGUACGACGCCGGCGCUACACCUUUGAGUGCGACGACGGAACCUCCUUCACCCAGGACGUGGAGAAAGCAGUGGAGUGCGGCUGCAAGGAG